AUGCCCGGUCCGCUCUCCCUCUUCGCCGUCAAUGCGGUGCUGAUCAUGUCCACCGAUGACCACUCCCGCAUCUUCGCCAAAUACUACUCACCACCGCACCCGCCGGCGGGCACAGCACCCAACGCGACCAAUUACCCCGGCGCGAACCCCUAUCCGACCGUCAAGGAGCAGAAGGCCUUCGAGAAGGGCCUGAUGGAGAAGACGAACAAGUCGACAAGCGACGUGAUCCUGUACGACAACCGGGUUGUCGUGUUCAAAGUCGAGAGCGAUGUGAUGCUUGCGUUGCCUGCUUUCCACGUUUCAUUGUAUAUUAUCUGUCUGAAUUCCCUCACUGACUCGGAUUCCUGUCAAAACAGAGGCGCAACGGAUAAACGGACGAUUGUCGAAAACUAUGACCUGGUUGCCCUUGCCGUGGACGAGAUCAUCGACGACGGCAUCAUUCUCGAGACCGACCCCGUCCUGAUCGCUUCGCGGGUCAGCCGCGCCCCGGCCCCUGACGUGCCCAACAUGAAGAGCAUCGACCUGUCCGAGCAGGGUCUGCUGAAUGCAUGGGAGUUUGGAAAGCGGAGACUGGCCGAGGGUUUACGGCAGGGACUGUAG